CGCGGGCGCAGACGAUCACACUUGCCGAGCGACGUCGAAAGUGCAGACAUGGCCCGACUUACCAUUGCCGUCCUCGCCCUAAUCGGGUGCGCCGUGGCCGAGCCCCCCAGCUACCACUACUCCGCCCCCUCCUCAAUCCUCCUAGUAGGAGGCCACGGUGGCGGCUACAGCUCUGGAGGCUACAGCUCUGGAGGCUACAGUUCAGGACACAGCAGCCUUAGCAGCGGCGGCCACUACUCUUCUGUCCCUGUUGGACACCAGACUUCUGAAGGCUACCACAUCGACCCCCAUCUAUUGGACAAGAUUAAGCACAUUAUCCUUAAAGACGAAAUCCAGAACCAAGCUUACCAACAAGCCUCUUCUUCUCACGGACACGGUAUCUCAUCCCACUACGGCCCACCAGCUCCCGUGUACGGUGUUCCUCAUGAUAGAAUCGUCGGCAUCGAGCUUGAACACAUCCAACAGGGUCUCCAAGUAGCUCAAUACCACCAAGCGGAGAUCGACUCCGGUUAUGCUGGCGGCUACUCCAGUGGCUACUCUAGCGGUUAUUCCAGCGGAUCCUCUGGACAUGGCUACUCCAGUGGCAUCUCUGGUGGUCACGGGCCCUCCAUCACUUACACCACCAUCGGUGUCCCCUCAGGUUCCUAUGGAGUCCCUUCCCCCUCAUCAACAUACGGAUCUCCUCACCAUUAAAGUCAACCCCUAGUUUAUUAAAUUGUUGUAGAGUUUCUGUAAAUAAAACACUGUAAAUGCUCGUU